GAAGCGCUCAUAUAAUGUUACCACGUCAAAAGGUCAAGUCCAAUAGCGGUACGGGGCUGUUGAACACUAUAAUAAAUAGUUUACCAGUUGAAUUACAUCUGCCGGGUUAUCAGUACUGCGGACCGGGAACUAACUUAGAGAAAAGACUUGCUCUCGGACAGACCGGAAUAAACGGUCUAGAUUCGGCGUGCAGAGACCACGAUAUUGCGUACGAUAAAAGUAAUUCUUUAACUGUACGCAGUGCGGCCGAUAGUAUAUUGGAAGAACGUGCUUGGAACAGAGUGCACGCGAAAGACGCUGACUACAAAGAAAAGGCCGCCGCGUGGCUUGUAACUACUGGUAUGAAGGCUAAACGUAAAAUCGGUAGCGGAUGCGGGUUCGGUAAUAUUGUUGGCGUAUGUAAGAAAGCGUUAAAAAAAUCGAUCGAAACAAGUCCGGUGACACAGAAUAUGGGUAAAUUAAUUAAAUCGAUGGUAUGCGUGGCGCGAAAACACGUGAAAGUAAGCAGGGGCGCUCGAUCGAAAAAAAAAAAUAAAAAUAAACUGCCUCGUGUGAUCAAAGUCCCUAAAACUGGUGGUUCAUUAGCGCUAAUCCCUAUAUUAGCGGGACUUUCGGCUUUGGGUACGCUGGCCGGCGGGGUGUCCAACAUAGUUAAGACGAUACGCAGUAUUAGAUCGAACAGCGGAUCGCCUAUACAAUUAGGUAAAGGCGUGUAUCUAAAUCCGCAUAAAAGCGGGGGCUCGUAUACUAUUAUUCGGAAAUCUGGUGCUAAACGCACUGGUAGUGGAUUGAAAAAGACUGUGACAAGAAGGAAAAAAAAAAUAUCAUUGAAAAAAAUAAAAAAUAAAAAAUCACCGUCAAGAACGCGUAAGUCGACGAAAUCGAAAACCAAUAGAAAAUCGUCGAUAUCAAAAAACUAAUUUUACCCAACCGCGCUCUUUAUGAUUUUGAAAUUGUAAAAUACGCUAAAUUUAAGAAAAUACGUCAUUUCAGAGGUGUAUAUUGCAUAGACAGGUUGCCCGCUGCUGGACCUAUACGCAUAGAAUGUGCAAUCGUUAACCUUGACUUUGAAAAAAAUAAAGGCACGCAUUGGGUAUGUUAUAAAAAAAUCGGAAAAUCAGUUUUUUAUUACGAUAGUUACGGUAAUCUCCGCCCGCCGCCGCAAUUAGUGAAAUAUUUUAAAGGCUGUGUUAUCGAAUAUAACUAUGAACGACAACAAGCAUACAAUACUUUCAACUGUGGACAUUUAUGUUUGAA